AGCCCUGAGUAGCAGCAGGACCAGGGCAGGGACUGACUCUAGUCCUUGGACUUAGGACACCGCAGCACCUUCCUUUACGUGCGUGAUUCAUUCGCAUAUCAUUUCUGUUUAUGCCUGGGGUGGGGAGAAAAAUCCCAAACCAGCCGUGUAAAUGAGUAUGGAAGAUUAUGAUUUCCUGUUCAAAAUUGUUUUGAUUGGCAACGCUGGAGUGGGAAAGACGUGCCUAGUUCGAAGAUUCACUCAGGGUCUUUUCCCCCCAGGUCAAGGAGCCACAAUUGGAGUUGAUUUUAUGAUUAAGACAGUGGAGAUAAAUGGUGAAAAAGUAAAGUUACAGAUCUGGGACACUGCGGGUCAAGAGAGAUUUCGCUCAAUCACCCAAAGUUAUUACCGAAGCGCCAAUGCCUUGAUCCUUACCUAUGACAUCACCUGUGAGGAGUCCUUCCGUUGCCUUCCUGAGUGGUUGCGAGAGAUAGAACAGUAUGCUAGCAAUAAGGUCAUCACUGUGUUAGUGGGCAACAAGAUUGACCUGGCUGAAAGGAGAGAGGUCUCCCAGCAGAGGGCAGAGGAAUUCUCAGAGGCUCAGGACAUGUAUUACCUGGAGACUUCAGCCAAGGAAUCCGAUAAUGUGGAGAAACUCUUCCUUGACUUAGCAUGCCGACUCAUCAGUGAAGCAAGACAGAACACACUGGUGAACAAUGUAUCUUCACCCUUACCCGGAGAGGGGAAAAGCAUCAGCUAUUUGACUUGUUGUAAUUUCAACUAAAGGCUGAGGCAAAGAGAAUCAAAGGGAAUCAGUAGAUGCCUUGGUGGGCCGUAUGUUGCUAGGGAAUCUGGCAAUGACUAUGGCUCCCGCUCUUGGACCUUCUGACUCCUGUAGGCUCCAGAGCUUACAAAGCAUGCAGGCCAAGGGCCUCGACUGCAGGCCAGCAUUAGCAGAACACAUAAUGGUUUCAGCCUUUUGCAGUCUGGCAUUGGAGCAAGGAGAAAAUUGCACUAAGCGCUCCAUGAUCUGCAGAGCAUGUUGCUUUUGUUUUUUAAAAAGCAAGUAAAAAUGCAUUCCUGAACACAGUGCAGGGGAUCAUGUACUGUAGGAAUCCCUCCUGUGUGUCAGUGGGUGCAUGUGGGGCUGUUCUCUAGGCUUCAGUGGUAAUCUGGUGCCCAUGGUUUUCUUGUCUACCAGGUAAACCAAAACUGGAAAGGCCCAGUUCUGUCUCUGUGGUACUUAGUGACAACCCCAUGGAGAUUUUGAAAAGUGUUAUUUCUUUUGUCCACAAGCACUUUCAAAACCUUUGGGAUGUAAAAACAAAAACUCUUCUCAUGACCAACAGUAAAAAUUAUUGUCUGAUAACAUAUACAGCUCCAUGACUCCUUUUGGUGCUAAUGAUUAUGGUAUUUCACAGACCAAACAUUUUACUACAUUGAUAUUGAUACCCUUAGAUGUAUUACCUAGAAAUAAAAAGAAAAUGGGGGAAAUCCAUGAAUCAGCAGUCUUUUUCAAAGCCUCAUUACCACCUUUUCUAGGAUGGGUUUGGACAUGAGAAUCCUUUUUCUUUCAUAUUCUCCUUGAAAUUUCUUAACUUUCUCCUAUUCCUUCAAACACCUUUCCUGCCCUUUAAGUAAAUCAAAGUCUGAAAAAAAAUGGGGAAAAAUACAAUGGAUGAUGGCAUUAAAAUAAAAAGAUUACUUGUAAGACAUUUUGAGUAGCAUGAGAAAACAGAGCAGAUAUGACCAAAAUACUGUGGAAUACGGACUGACUGCAGAGCAGGGUUCCAGACAGAGCACAGUCCUUCAUAACAAAUUGCACCUUUUCCUUUCUGGAACUAUCCUUGGCUAGACCAAGGCUUAGGAUUUUGUAGACAUUUUUAGUAUGAUAAGUGAGAAUAGCAACAGAUGAAAAGUUUCACAUACUUUUUGUAUCUUCAAGAAACUUAGUAAAGGCCUGCUUGGGAAGCAAGCCGAGUUAUCAUUUAUCAUCUUAUAUUAAUGUUGAUCUCAGAUUCAUGACAAUGCAUUCUUUUCCCUUUAUCUUUUCUUUCCUCUGGUCUCACCUCAGAGCUUUCCUUUUCCACUCCCUCUUCUUCCUUCCCAUCCUGGUAUGCAUGUGUUACCGAAAAUCUCCAAUUCAAAUGGAGGUAUAUAUGCCUUUACUUAGCCAAUUUCAAAACAGGUCUCAGAUUGGAAGAUGUGUUGCUGAAUGGGUUCCUGUUUUCUUCAGUGCCAUGAUUUGAUACCUUCCAAUUUGUUCACGCUCAUGAAUGCAAAUUGCGACAGCAAUUAAAUCUGUUUGCUGUUGGUGCCGUCAGGUGUUUCUGGGCUUGCUGUAUAGCAUAACUGAGUGAUGAAUCACUGAAUGAGGAUAUGACAUGUAAUUCCGCUGUUGGUAUUGAUGGUGACAGUCUUGGACCUGACACGACACUCUUGGAAAGCUACUGAAUUGUAAAGCAGUGAGUCAACGCAGCAGGCUAUUGGUAAUACAUUUCUAGCGUUUAUCUAGCAGAUUCCAUAAUGUCCAAUCUGUUUCACAUGGGACUGCGUGUAUUAUUACCCAUUAUUGGUAUUGUAACUUGCUCUCUAUGCUUUCUUUGAUUCUAUAAGAAAGAGAAAGGCUUGCCAAAAGUUUGCAUGCCUUUCCUUUAUACAGGGAGAAAAAUCACUUGAAUUGAAAAUCAAAAUCAUUUAUCUUACCUUGACUUCUCUAUUAAGCCAACAACUAAAGAUAAACUAAUCAUGGUUACAGAAGAAUUUAUCUUUCUACUGUGAGAGAAUGUCCCUAAAUUUAGAUUUAUUUACUUUUCUUUACCAAAAACUUCUGAUCUCCUCAGCAUAUGAUGACUCAGCUUUGUCUCACAGCACUGUUAAAAAUAAUGUUGCUUUGGGAACUUUAAGGGCUUUGUUAGAAUGGACUAAUUUAGUUCCAGAGUAACAGUUUCUGGGGUUAUUCUUAUUUCUUAAGCGUAUAGCGCCCCCAUCUGCCCUCCAGGUUCAGAAGCAGCUCAGGAGCUCUACUCCAGGUCCCUCUUCCCCUGGGUCUCUGAGACGUUCAGGAGAUCACAGUCAGCAAUCCUUGGGCCGUUAGUGUGGACACCUGAGAAGCUGGACCCUUACGUUCCACAGUUCUAUGACUUUCAGAUUAGGCCUUUUGGAUAUUUGUCCAGUGAUGUGUCUCAAAUUUGAGAACAAUCUUUGACAAUAUUAUAGGUGCAAUAAAUACCAGUUUAAUAAAUGAUUCAUUGCCAAGAUGUUUUUUAUUUGUUUUUUUAAACGAAAGUCUUUAAAGUGGUAAUUGAGAAAGAGUCAUCUUAAUCUAGGGAAGGACAUAAAUAUUAUUUUUCCUAAUAAUUCUUAUUGGCAGGGCAAUAUCUGCUCUGAUGAGCCAGUUUUACAUAAAAUUGUUUAAUGGUGAAAAACAAACAAGAUUUGGUUUAUUGUAAUGUAGUUUGGCUUAUCCUGACGAGACCAUCUCUUUUUCCAUUUGUGAUAUGUUAUUUUUCUUUUUUCAAAUAAAAUUAUUAAAUACACGGCAAUCUUCUGUAGCUUCCAAUGAAAACACAUGUUCAGGUUCUAGAAUCAUUCUGGGAAAAGAUCUAUGGAAUCAUAUAAUUGUCUGGUAUGGCUUUGUAUAGACUGUAUCCUCAAGGACUUAGUGAUUUCUCCUUUUCCUACACAAAGCUGUGUUCCUUUGUAUUCUUUUAUUAGAUCUGUUGGAUUAUAUUAAUAUUUAAUUAUAUAGAGCCAAUUAUCUUUUGUGUAGACUUGUAAGUUGACAUCAUUGGCUUUUUCUGGCUUUCAUUUCUCACCCAUAUUUUAGUCCUUUUUGAUAUCAGCAUCUUCCCUAAGUGGCAAGACAAUAACUAAACAUGAAACAAAUGUGUUAGCAUGACAGUACAUCAAGUUCUGAUUGUGAAACUAAGAGACCACUGACCAAAACAGGAUGUGUAGACUAGUAUGACUCAAGGCAAUGAGGCUUGAUAGAGGGAGGAAGCAGAUUCUUUAUCUUCUUUUCAUGAAAGUAUUCCUUGGAAGGACCCAGUGACUGACUCCCAGUGUUAGAUCAAGGAUUUGCCAGUCUACUCUUUGAGCUAUCCCACAGCAUCAACUUUCGGUUAGACUGAUUCUGAAAAAAUAUCAGUUGCGAAUCAUUUUGAACUUGUCCCCCCACCCCCACCCCAUGUAUGAUACCAGUGGCCUUAAAGAUAGGGAAAGUUUCUGAGUCUUAAUCCUACAGGACGCUCUGUAGCAC